UAUACAGGUACUACCUACAGCUGUAAUACAACCGAUACCCAGUGUGUGGCACUGACAUGCAGUUCCCAGGUCAUCAUUGCAGUUGUUGUAACAGCACUUGUCCUUGUCCUUAUCCUUAUCCUUGUGGGCGCAGUGGCUAUCAUCAUACGGUGCAGAAAGAAGAAGAAGAAAAGUGCACGUAACCCCGCCGACGUUAAGGAGGGAUUACUCCCAGGUGCACGUAACCGCGACGACGUUGAGGAGGGAUUACUCCCAGGUGCACGUAACCGCGACGACGUUGAGGAGGGAUUACUCCCAGGUGCACGUAACCGCGACGACGUUGAGGAGGGAUUACUCCCAGGUGCACGUAACCGCGACGACGUUGAGGAGGGAUUACUCCCAGAUGAAAGGGAUGUUUCUAAAACGGAAAUGGCAGACGGCCAGGAACGAAUGAAUGAAGACCACGAAAAUGAUUCUGAGGAUAAAAGUGAUGAUGAUGAAAACACUGACAAUGACAGCGAGGAAGACAUAGGUCAACCGCUGAAGCGUAUUAGAGAUUUCGUGAGGGAUCCCCAGGAGCAGGAUGUGACCUUGCAUGUCAAAGUCGUGAAGGUGGGACAAGUGGAGGAAAAAUCCAACAAGAACCAGUUCAUGGCCACUGUGGCUGAUGACACCUCAGCUGUUGACAUUUGUGUGAGAGAAGAAAACCUCUUUGACAAAUUCGAACUGGAGAAAUGCAUUAUUCUGAGAAAUGUCACCUGGAACGGGAAGGUUUUAUUCACGAAGUCCUCUUCCACAGCAACUUUUGCCGCGGAGAUUCAGGCUCCAGAAAAUAUCAUCGCCGAUGCUUUUGGGGAAGGAGAACCAGUGCCCAUAUCCGAAAUCACCAAACAGGAUUUUUUGACCAAAAUUAGUUUAAAAGGAAAAAUUGUGAAGCAAACCCCUCUCAUAAAACGGAAGUGCUAUGGGAAGGUGUUGUCAUAUCGCAAAGUUAAACUGGAGGAUGAAACUGGUUCUGUCGAUGUGGACGUCUGGGGCGACAUUGCAGAGCAGAUGCAGCUGGGCAAGGUCUACAAAGUCAUCUCCUGUAAGAAGCGAAAACCUCGGAUGCCUCACGAUCCAUGGGUCACAACAACACCCACGUCUACAGUGAUGCUCCUACCCUCCUAACCACUAAAGCAUAUCAGGAAAGAUCGUUACCAAAGAGGUACGCUUGUCGGGAUCGACGUCAAACCAUACAUGUCCUGUCCAAAUCCCAGAUGUUUCCGUUUCCAACUGACAGACAGGCUAUGUGAAUCUUGUCUGCAUAAAAUCCCGGACCAGGACCAGGUGAGUUAUGGAGUGGCCAUUAUUGACACCCGGACACCUAAAGAAAACGUUCGCUCACUGACCGUCUACUGGCCAGAGCUCAGCCAAAUGUUCCAACUGUUCGAGAAGGAGACACCACCAAAGAGUGACAAGAAUAAGAUUUGUGAGGCCUUUGAGGAUCUUAUCAACAGAAGUGUGAAGUACCAGGUAUGUGGGAUCGUCAGCGAGUUUAAACUGUAGACAGAAAAACAGCCCUCGGAGUGUCAGGUGCUGGUAAAUGUGUGAACUUUCAUUUGUUCAAUAGGUCAAAGACCGUUAGCUGAUAUGUAGUAUUGAGCUUUGAAUCAUGGUGAUGAUGUGACUUAAUGGCUGCUAUACAGGUCUGGUAGAGUUUGUGUUGAUUUUAAUAUAUUUUAAUAUCUAUGAGCUUUAAGUGGCAAUGCACUGUAGAUUCAGUGUUUUGUGAAAUGUUGUACACAUCUGUGUGUUGGUGCAAAGGGCAUUUACAAGGCUGAUCAAGUAGUCAGACAACGAUGAACUGUCUUCCUGACGUGAGUCAAUUUUACGAAGAUUGUAAUUUCUAGUCCUACAUCAAGCCUUCACAUGUGUAUUUUUCAAUCUGUCUUUGAUAAUACUUUAUUAUUUUUCACUUUCAAGUAAAUGCAGAGUUCUGUCUGUGGAUGUUGUGUCCAUACUGUCACUGUCUUUCAAGGGAAGGAAAGUACAAAUAACAACAUAUUUCUAUGUGUUGAAUUUGAUAAAUGUUCUCAUACUGAUGCCACAUGCUUCCAGAAGCUUCAUGGACCAUUCAUUAAAUGGAACAGAAUUGUUUCUGAAAUGUCAGUGCUCUUACUAUCCAUACAUUUUGUUACAUUAAAAGGGUGACAGUAAGGACAAUUACAGUAACAGUAUUGUCAAAUAUAGCGUUAAAGAUAAAAUUUACAGAAUGUAACAUUAUUAAUAUGUUUUACUUUAAGUUUUAUGUCAAGACUUUAAUGUAUUUUCUCAAUUUCCAAAUUUCAACUGUUUAUUUUCAUUCACGUUGAACAAAACAGGUAACACUAAGGACAAAUGUGGUAACAGUAUGGACAUGUUUUUGAAAAGUUAUUAAAAGACUUCCUACAAAGAUAUUUGUACAUAGAUAACUGGAGUAUUGUGUUUGCUUGUAAGCAUUCUUAAUAUUUUCAUAGCGUUCUAAAGCUAAACAUACCAUUUAAAGAAUGUAAUAUUAUUAAUAUGAAAAAAUCUGGUUUUGCUUAAAGCCUAUGUCAAGACUUUAAAGCAUUUUCCAUUUCAAACAAGUCAACAUGUAAUUAUCAUUCACUGUGGACACAAGAAAUAACACCGUGGAAAAGGAUAACUAGAGUAUUACGUUAAUGGGUAAAGAUUCUUGACAUUCAUUGCAUUCUUUACGGUAGCGUGUGUUAUAGCUUGGAGAGUCCUUUUAUUAAAAAUGUCAAAUGUGGAAUAUUUCUACUCAUGGAAAACAACCUGUUUCAUAAAAAAGAGAAUGGCCCAUGUUAAUUUAAUUCUAUGGUAAAAUAAAAAUACAUUUAUUAAGAACUAAGCAAAUUAUUUAAUAAAAGGAUGCUCUUGUGUGGUGUUGGCAAUAAUUUAGGUUUGGAAAAAAUGCUGUAUAUCAUUCUUCAUAAUGCAUAACUUGAUGAUUAAAAUUAGCAUACCAGGUAGAGGUUAUUUCUACAAAAAUAGGAUCAUGAAUAUUUUCAUUAUAUACUGAACAUCAUUGAAAACGCACCACCUGUAUUAGUUUGGAUUUCCAAGAGCAUAAAUGAGCAAUCGGUGUAAAUUUUACAUACUUUUGUAGUCCAAUGAUUGAUAAAGAAAAGAAACAAGAACCGAUCCAGCAAAACAUUUAAGUUUUUAUUCAGCUGACCAUGAAAGAAAGAUGGAUUUAGAUUGGAAAGUCAGUAACAUGUAUGACCACCGUUAGCAGCAAUACAAGCUGUGCAACGUCUCCUCGUUGAACUGAUAAGUCUCUGAAUAAUGUUUUGAGGCAAUGCAUUCCAGUCUUGUUGCAAGGCAUUCUCAAGUUCCCCAAGGUUGUUGCUCUGUGAGCGACAUGAGAGGCGUUUGCCGAUGUAAUCAUACAAGCGUUCAAUGGGAGAGAAAUUUGGU